AUGGAGGAGGACACCUUCCCAGGUGGUGACAUCUCCCUGGGCAAUGAUGUCCCCAUGGAGGAGUGCACCCUCCUGGGUGGUAACACCCCCCUACAAAGUGACGUCCACCCCAGCCCCUCUGCUGCCCGCCAUGUCCAAGCCAUCAGGGACCCCAUGGUGAUUCCAGCCAGCAACAUUUUGCUGCCUGAGAAGGUGUUGCUGGAAGCGGCUAUGAGGUGCUUGGAUUGUUCCCUGGGGGCAGUGGCCAUCAGCCAGGAUAGUCCCAGCAGUGUCCCCAUGUCAAGGGAACCUACCAUCCCCCACCACAGGAUCAGUUCUCUCCAGCUGCCUGAGAAGAUGCUCUCCGCUGACUACAACAUCCCUAAGACCUCCAAAGCCACCCUGAGCAUGGAAUUCUUCAGUACCACCAGGAUGCAGCCUAAGGAUCCAUGGUAG